CUAAUUCAAUUUUAUUGCAAAAAUUGGAGUUGUCAUUGCCACGGCAAAGAAGCGAUGUUGAGAACUCGAUUGCUUUGGUUCACAGCUGGGUUUUCAGUAGCAGGAGGUGCAAUUGCCCACUUCAUCUGUAAAGAUCUUUUUUCUCGAAGUUAUGCCCUUUCUGCUGAUACUAAACAGAAAUUUGAAAACCUGGAAGCCAGAGUGUCGAAUCUCGAGUCAAAUGUGAGUCAGCAGGUUGAAGGGUAGAUGUAAAAUGGAGCUGAAGUGAUCAAUUAUGGUUCAGUUUGGCUUCUUUAGGUAUCUGAUGUAAUGAGUAUUUUGAUAAAUUACUCCAUAAAUGUUUCUUGUGGAAGUCACAUUAUACUGCAAAAUUUAGCAUAAAAGUACUUGACAUUUCUUUGUGAGACUUUUAAGUAAAGAAUUUUUUUUUU